AUGAAGGCUAUCAUCUCUCCCCACGACGGCAACGACAUUCAUGAUGGUAGUGUCUCGGGCAAUGGCUGCGACAUCUACUGCCACACCUACGGGACUUCGUUCUACAGCAACUCCCAGGCUCAAGCCCAGUAUGAUGCUCGUAUCAAAGCUAUCCUGACUUACAAGUCCCCCAGCAGCGGUCUCGCAUGGGGCAACUGGUCCGAGGCCAUUCUCGCUUUCGAUCUCGAGAACGAGCCUUUCCAAUUCACCUCUGACGGCGCCAACAAUGAUCCCUCCAAUUGGCUUUGCAACAGAGCAGCAAACUUCAAGAAGUACAUUACCGACUCCAACAUCAAGGUUGCUACUGGCGGCAUUGGCGGAGACCAGAGCCACGGCCACAACAUGCUCCCCAAGGCUUUGUCCUGCCCGAGCAUCGACCUCAUGAGCGUCCAUGCCUACGUCGGCUCGGCGUCUACCUGGGGUAACAUCAUGCCCGGAUUUGAAGCUAGUGCUGCAUCCAACAACAAGCUGGUCUACAUCGAGGAAUGGGGAGUUGCGACGAGUUACAGUUCCAACUUCAACGAUCAAUCUGCCGCCAUCAACAACAUCGCUUACCCAUGGAUUUAUUGGCAGAUGGUACCAGGCUCCGACGGUACCCAGUCCUGCAACAGCGGCUGCUGCACCGGCUACGACGGCUUCGAAGUCGGCUUCAACAGCGGCAAGGGAAAUCUGCAAUACGCCAUUUCGCAAGCAAACACCAAGACCACCAAGCAGGAUUGGAGCUUCGUCGGUGCUCCUCCAAAUGGAGGAGGCUCUGGAGGAUCCAGCCCUCCUACUGGCGGCGGCGGCGGCAGCGGCAGUGGAUAUCCAGCUGAUACUUGCACCUGGGGGUACGUUUAG